CUUUCUCAACUACAACCACUCUAACCUCCAUAUUUAUUUCUUCUUUUCUCAUUCAUCUCACAACCAACAAUGGCGAUUAACUCCACAACUUGUCUUCUUCUACUUCUCUUCUCAUUUGGCAUUCUAGGUUCUUCAGCUACUGUUUUUACCGUCCAGAAUCAAUGCAGCUUUACAAUAUGGCCCGGAACUUUCUGUGGCAACGGCAUCGCCACUCUCGGCGACGGGGGUUUCUCAUUAGCCCCUGGUGGAUCAGUCCAGUUCCCCGUCCCACAAACUUGGUCCGGUCGGAUAUGGGCUCGAACCGGCUGCAACUUCGACUCCUCAGGCAAUGGUAAAUGCGUAACGGGUGAUUGCGGUGGUUUGCUAAAGUGCCCAGGCGGUGGCGCUCCGCCAGUCAGCCUCGUGGAAUUCACUAUCGGCAAGGACGCUAAUGACAAGGACUUCUACGACGUUAGUCUUGUUGACGGUUAUAACGUGGGGUUAGGCGUAAAGGCAGUUGGUGGAACCGGAGAUUGUCGAUAUGCGGGUUGUGUUACUGAUCUAAACGGUAAAUGUCCGGCGGAGUUACAGGUGACAGAUUCAGGUUCUGUUGUUGCAUGUAAAAGCGCGUGUGCGGCGUUUAACACUCCUCAGUUUUGUUGCACCGGUGAUCAUGCUACGCCUCAAACAUGUUCGCCCACACAGUACUCACAGUUGUUCAAGAAUGCUUGUCCCACGGCUUAUAGUUAUGCUUAUGAUGAUGCUAGUAGUACGUUUACUUGUUCUGGGUCUGAUUAUUUGAUCACUUUUUGUCCCAGUUAGAUGAAUUUACUUACAAGAUCUAAUGUUAUGUUAUGUACUUAUGAUGCAUACACUAUUUUGAUUUCU